UGCCAAUCAUUCAGAGGAAGAAUAGUCUUUUCCUUUCUUGAGCUACACUGGAAGAAGCGUUGAUUAGCACUCUAGAGCUCAAUCAAUCCCCAGCCGCCACCUUCCAUCCCCAUCUCCGGCGAGGUCUCCCGCUCAUCCAUCCAUCCCCGCCUCCGGCCGGCCGGCCAGCGAUUCUCAUCCGUCCCCAUCUCAAUCGCCAUCUGUGGUGCCCGAUUUGCGGACAAGCAGUGGCGAGAGGGCAGAGGCAAGGGGAACUGUUCUGUUCGCCGUUGCAAGAGGGACGGGGAGCCGGCCGGGCGGCGCAGCGACACCACGUCCACGCUCGUCUCCACGAGGAGACUAGUUACUGAAGUCCCUCUGUUGGAUCAAAGUCUCCCUCUGCAGUUAGUCUAUCCUGUGGUUACUGAGUAAUUGGAAAGCUGGAUCUAGUGGUGCUCUGCUAUAAAAUCGCUAAUGGGUUGCCGAGAUACUGCAGCACUAAAUGACCUUGAGCUCAUGCUACUAGAUGAAACGGCUGACCCAAAGGCCUUACCACUAUCACUUCUGAAAGACAUCACAAACGAUUUCUCUAACGAUCGACAAAUCGGUAGGGGUGGCUUUGCAUUGGUAUAUCAGGGAGUACUUGAGAGUGGUACAGUCGCUGUGAAGAGAUUGAGCGAUAUGUGUAUGGAUGAGAAGAAAUUCCAUGGAGAGGUUCAAUGUUUGAUGAAGGCAAGGCACAAAAACAUAGUACGGUUUUUGGGAUAUUGUGCUGACACACAAGGGAAUAUGUUGAGCUACAACGGAAAAUUAGUCAUGGCAGAUGUACGGCAAAGAUUGCUUUGCUUCGAAUACAUGUCCAAAGGGAGUCUACGUGAUUAUAUUAGUGAUGAGUCUUGCGGACUUGAAUGGAGAAAGCGCUACCAAAUUAUCAACGGAAUUUGCCAAGGUUUAAAUUAUCUCCAUGAGAAUCGUAUUGUUCACUUAGAUCUGAAACCAGAAAAUGUACUCCUAGAUGACAAUAUGGUACCAAAGAUUACUGACUUUGGUCUCUCAAGGUAUUUUGAGGAAAGGCAAACUAGCCAAUCUAUUACUUCAAAUAUUUCUGGUACACUGGGAUAUAUUGCACCAGAACUCUACGAUGGGGAAAAAAUCACAAUCCAGUCAGAUAUAUAUAGUCUUGGUAUUAUAAUCAUAGAGAUACUAACAGGAAGAAAAGGGUGUCCCGACGUUGAAGUUGUACUUGAGAGAUGGUGUGAAAGGUUGGGAAAAUCACUAGAAGACACACAUGUGGAACAAGUACGAGUUUGCACUGAAAUAGGGAUAGAGUGCAGUGACUUCAAUCCAGCAAAGAGGCCUGUUAGUACACACAAGAUAAUCGAAAGGCUCAAGGAAACAGAAACUACAGAUGAGGUAUCCAGUGUCUUAUCCAGCACUGUACCCACCAAGCUAUUUGUCCAUCCGCAUCUCCUCUGCUUUCCCUGCGUACCGAACAAGCUGAUCCCAAGUUCGCUGAACCUUAGAAACUUCACAGAUGAACAUUUUGCAUUUAGGCUUGUGGAAUCCUAUGCAGAAGAAACUGAGCGACGCUUUGCCAAAUUGCCACUGUACGGAGUCGUGUCGCCGAGGUCAACACACACUCUUAGUUUGACACUCCAGGAACGGGACGAAAAAUCCAUUCAUUUGGUCCUAGAGAGCAGUACAUUUAAGGAUGCACAUAUGCCAAUGUACUGUAGCGAAUUUAGAGGGGACAAAUUUUUAGAAGAAACCAAAGAGAAAGGUAAUAUGGUGCAGCAAGUGAUAGUGAAAGCUGUUGCUACUACUGCACAGCGAGAGAUAACGUCUGAGCUAAUCCCAAAUAAAACGAAGAUAUUAUUCAAGAAGAGCCCAUUCACGUCUCUGGACUGCCAAGAUGUUAACCUAACCAAGCAAUGGAUAAUAACAGGCCAUACACGGGGAUAUGUUUGCAUUUGGGACGGUCAAACACAGAGGAAAGUAGAUUCGUUUAAAGUCUCCACCGACAAAGUUGUUUUGGUUAAAUUUAUCGUACGAAAACAAUGGUUUGUGGCUGGAGCCGAAGAUGGCUUUAUUCACAUCUACAAUUACGAAACUAAACGGCAGCAAGUCCCAAGUUUCACAGCUCAUGCUGGAAAAAUGACAUCACUGGCCGUUCAUCCAAGCAAACCGUACUUGAUGUCAUGGAGUUCUGAUGAAAUGAAGCUUUGGGAUUGGGACAAAGCCUGGGAGUGCACACAAACAUUCAAGUGCAAACACUUGGGUUAUAUUUGCCAAGUCAUGUUUGACCCAAAAAACACCAACAGUUUUGUCACUGCCUCAGCCAAUCACAUGAUAGAUGUUUGGGAUUUUGAUUCUCCUCAAUGUAAAUACACACUCUCUGGGCACUGGGACAGAGUUAACUGCCUUGAUUUCUUCACACAUGACAAUCAGCAGUAUUUGAUUACUGGCUCUAGUGAUUGUAGCGCGAAGAUAUGGGACAUGCACAGCAAUAUGUGUACUCAUACACUACACGCUUCCAUGUCUCCGGUUAUGUCUGUCAUGUUUCAUCCCAAUCUUCAGGUUCUAAUUACAGGUUUAGAAGAUGGCACUGUUUAUUUGUGGAGUUCAACUAAUUUCAGGCUUGAGAGGAUCAAACCCUCCUGUAAUUGAACCCCCUGCUUGGGGUUUUGGAUGGAUAUACAAUAUUUUUAGCAGCCCCGUAAGUGAACAUGUUUGGGGUCUCGCAUGUUCGAUGAAGUCAAAAGGGUUUGUGUUUGGAAGAGGAGAGACGGUAGCAAUGGUGGAUGUCGGCAAUGUAAAUAAUCAGGAAGAA